AGCGAUCCUUCCCUUGACAAAUCAUACGUGUUUCUCUGUGUCUGCUGGAUUUGUUACCUCUUCAUCACCACCAUGUGUAAGGGGCUCGCAGCCCUACCUGCAACCUGCUUAAAAAGUGCAAAGGACAUAAAGCAUAAAAUUGGGUUCCUGCUUCAGAAGGUUGAGCCGGGUCAAGAGCAGAAGGCUGUUAAGGAGAAAGAAAAGCCCACGCAGGAGAAAAGCUUUUCUCCUGUCGACACUGAGAACUGGAAGACAUCAUUUAACAACCUGAUUAAUAAUGAUGUUGGACGGGCUGCCUUCACCGCCUUUCUAAAGUCCGAGUUCAGCCAGGAGAACAUCCAAUUCUGGGUGGCAUGUGAAGACUUCAAAAGAACGCCGGAGCCGGAGAUGCAAGCCAAAGCCAAGCAGAUUUUUAAACAGUACAUUGAUGUCGAUUCACUGAAUGAGGUCAAUUUGGACUCCGCGACAAGAGAAGAAACCCGGAGAAACCUUGAAAGGUGCGACGUGACAUGUUUUGAAGAGGCUCAGAGUAAGAUUUUCACGCUGAUGGAAAAAGACUCGUACAGGCGCUUUCUGAAGUCCAAACUGUUCCUCGACCUGUCUCAGCCGUGCAGGGACGAGAAACACUGCCGCCCGGAGAGAAAAGGGACCUUCGCUGAGUUUAACCAGUGUCUCCUGUCUCAUUGUGCCUAAAUCUGAGACAGACAUUCUACUUAGGCUUAAAGUUUGGGGAUCAGUUCACUUGAGAAGGGCAAGAAAGUUAAAGGUGAAGGGUUAAGUCACUGAGGUAAACAUGAUCGGUCUAACACCUGAAACAGCAAAUAAGAAUGUGUUUAAAUUAACAUUUUUUUAGAUGAAUGUGGCUUUGUUGUGUUUAGAAUAAUUUCUGCAAAUUAUUCAGAACCUCCAGUGUAGCAUUUGUGUUUAUUACUGUAUUUUGGUAAUUUUAUACACAAACAAAAAUAAAGACGAGAAAAAAAGAGCCCUUUGAAACCCUAUCAGAGAAUGUUGUAAAAAAAACAAAAAAGGUUUACAGUGACUGAGUGAAUGACUGUUACAGAAGUUAAGGCAGAAGAUAAGGAAGGCCUGGACUGCAUACUUAUUUAAUCUGUGUGUGUUCUAUGUAUGUAUGCCCAAUUAGAAAGAAAAUAUAUAAAAAAUUCUAGUCUAUAUAAUAACAAAUGCUCUGAAAUAUUAAUGACAAACAAAUGUGACAUGUUAUAUUUUACGAUGUAAUAUUGUCCAUUUGUUACAGUGCUGUGAAUUGAAUAACUCUGUCUUCUUGUAAUGCCACUUUAAGUCUUAUUAGAAUAAAUGGAUUUAAGCUGUUUACAUAUUUGUUUACUUGCAUGUAUUACACAUAUUUAUUGCCAUAUUUAUGAAUAAAAAUGUCCAACACAACUGAAAA